GGGGGGGGUGGGGAGGGCGGCGGGAAGAGGAGAAAGACCUUCCAUAGAGGCGGCUGGCGGCGACUUCCGCUUCCGGGUUGCCUGCUGGCUGGUGUGGAAGCGAGUCGGGCGGAGCGAGGGGCAGAUUGACUCGCCGCUGGAGCCGCUACCGCCGUCCUCGUCUUCGCCAUGCCCAAAGGAGGGAGAAAAGGAGGCCACAAGGGCCGGGUGAGGCAGUACACCAGCCCCGAGGAGAUCGACGCCCAGCUCCAAGCCGAGAAGCAGAAGGCCAAAGAAGAAGAGGAAGCGGACCAGGAGGAGGGAGGCGAUGGGGCGUCGGCAGAGCCCAAAAAGGAGAAGAAGUCGCUCGAUUCUGACGAGAGCGAGGAGGAGGAAGACGAAGAUUACCAGCCCAAGCACAAAGGAGUGGAAGGCAUGAUCGACAUCGAGAACCCCAAUCGCGUUGCGCAGGCGGCCAAAAAAGUCACCCAGAUAGAUCUGGAGAGCCCCCGGGAGCUGUCGCGAAGGGAGCGAGAAGAAAUUGAAAAACAGAAAGCGAAAGAGCGAUACAUGAAAAUGCACCUCGCCGGCAAGACGGAACAGGCCAAGGCGGAUCUUGCCCGGCUAGCGAUCAUCCGGAAACAGAGGGAAGAAGCCGCCAAAAAAAAGGAGGAGGAAAGGAAAGCUAAAGACGAAGCCUCGUCAGCCGGCAAGCGAUUGCAGUCGCUGUCCCUCAACAAGUAAAGGGCGGGCCGGCGAGAGGAGGGAAUUCCCAGGAGCCGUGCCUGGCGGAUGCCUGCCGGGAGCUCC